AGCGUGUCGUGAGUGCGCGUGUGGAAUACUGCGCGGUCUUCUGCUGUUUCGAGAGUUGUUUACAAUGGUUUGGUUGUGAGAUUUAGUGAUUGAAUUGUUAUAAUUUGUGUUUGUGUUCAUCAUUGUAUGCUCCAGUGAUGAUAGUUCCUGUUCUUCAUUAAAUUCUUGCUAUCGCCAAGGGAUUUUUGGAUUCUAACCAAAGCCGGCUUUUGUCUAAGUUAAAAGUGGAGAAUACCCAUAAGAUGACGGGUGGGGCGGGGGCGGGGGUUGCCGUAGAGGAGGAGGGCAGAGCCCUGAAGGUCCACACGGAGUCUCCUCACCUUGUCAGCCUAGGGGGUGGACGACUCAGCACAGCCGUCACCCUGCAUCCCCUACCUGAAGGCCGGACGACGGUGGGCUCUGCCCCCACGGCGGACAUCGUUGUCCAAGGGACAGGGGUGGAGGCGACGCACUGCUACAUAGACACCCAGGGGGGCGUAGUCACCCUACACCCGGUGGCCGAGAUGACUUCUGUCGACAACCAGAGGAUAUACCAGCCAACCAGAUUGUCUCAGGGCUGCAUGCUGUGUGUGGGCAGAUCGAAUUAUCUGCGGUUUAACCACCCCGCAGAGGCCAGGCUUAUGAAGAGUGGCUUGUCAAACCCCCGGAUAUCCGUGUUACCCCUCGGCUUCUAUCCUGAAGACAGUUUGAUGACGACCUCAUUGGUUGAAGGCAAACCUCCUGCCGUCCCAAGAAGAUCUUGGGAGUCAUGGGACGGUUUUUCAUCAGCCAGCAGUGAAGAGCUUGCCAAGUAUAUCUCUCCUAAGGUGUUUCCUGCUGGAAGUUCAACGGUUAACUCCCCUGCAGCUCUAGUCCUCGGUCCUCGAGCCAACCAGAACAAACUCACAUUGCUGCCUCUCAGGUUGAACGGAGAGUCAGAACCCAAGUUGCAGAAUGGCAACAUCUACCAGAAUGUGUGUGCUUUGCCCAACGGACAGUAUGCGCCCAGAGUGGACUCUCCGAGUGGGAGAAGAGUCCAUUCCCCCUCUCCCCCUCCCCCCUCACCAUCUAAACCCCUCUCCCCCAGAUCCUUCAAUACCCCCAGCCCUGCGUUUGACCGCAACCCCUCCUACCCAUUCCGCAAGUCAGUCUCCAGUCCUGUGCCAAACAGCUGGAGCAGUGACGAUAUCAAUGGAGAGUCGGAGUUGAGGAGGAAACAGGCAGAAACUGAGCGGAUGGUGGAACAAGAAGCUGAGAGAUUGGAAAGACAACGACUAGACGAGAUAUUGCUGAUGUGUGCCGACUACGAGAAACAGGCACAGUGCGAUAAACAGAACAAACCUCAACAGAACAGAAUAAUAACCAACGGUUCUUUACCCAGAGACAAAAGACUGCCCUCACCUAGCUCACCCCACUUUCAUCAGAGUUUUACCUAUGACAAUGAAUCCACACCAACAAAUUCUGAUUUUCGGAAUACAAAUCUAGAAGGAGAGUUUAAACAUAGCCCUGAUGUUCAUCCUCCAUCCAGUCCUCGCACACGCAUCCGCACCAUCGCAGCCAAGGACAUGAGUCGAGAAUAUGCCUUGGAGAUAAUAGAAAACCGACUAGCGAUCCUUAACGACUACGAAACCCUAGGACCACCUCCUCCUCCUCGUAACAGUUCGAGGAACGCCCUCACAUCCCCUCAAAUCAGAGAGAAUAGAACGCAACCAACGUCACCCAAUGAACAAAGAGUCAACUCACCAAAUAAUUUCAAUUUUGACUUCUACAACAACAAAGUCAACGAAAACAACAACAGACCUUACAAACCCUAUUCCAUCGCGGAGGCUAAUGCGUUAUCGAAAUACGAAUUUCUGGGAUUCAAUCCCAGGACGGGUAAGGAAGUAACUCAAAGUUACCAAAGCUUUAAAAAAAGCGACGAGUCGUUGAUGAGCGAAACAAGUAGGACCCGAGACAGUUUGAAGUCCGAGGAGGAAUCAACGUUGAAAGACAAAGAUAAUUCCUCUUGGAGCACUGCAGAUCUGAUCGCCAACUGUAAUGGGGAUACAAUUAAGCGGCAAGAACACAAGAACGGAGAGUGUACUGCAGAACAGCUGUUGAUGCAGUUGGACGCGAUAGUACAGGAGAGUAUGAAGAGUUGUGAGGAGACGGAGGAACGAGAGAAAUUGACACCUAGUCCUAAGUCGAGCGAGAGGGACAGCGGUAUAGCGGAAACAGCGGCUAGAGACAGUGGGAUAGGAGAGAACAGGGACAGCAGGAUCAGGGACAGCAGGGACAGUGGAAAGUUCACCAUGCCUCUACCAGAGUCUUCGGAGAUUCUUGCCUCACUGAGAGCCGAGAGAACACAACUGGUCGCUAAUCUGACAACACUCAAGGCUAAAGUGAUGGAGAUAGAACAACAGGAAGAUGAACUCAUGAGAGAACUGGAGAUCGAGCGUGCCCUGCUUGGUGGGGAGCUUCAGGCUCAGAAUGACAAGUUGAGCGCAGAAGAGCGUAAAGUAGGGUCACUCAAGCGGCGAGUGGAGGACUGUGAGCGGCAGAUGGAGAAGUGUGUGGCUCAUCAGAGUGAGAGGCAAGGUCAGGCUAGACACAGACUGGAGCAGCAGCAACAACUACUGGCUACACUAGAGCAACAGAUGAUGAAAUCAACUGAUGACUCUGAGCUGAGAGAAGAGUUGUUUGAAUCCUGCAAACAACAACAAGAAUUACUAGAAGCUGAACGAAAGUCAUUCGAGGACCUGGAGUUUACUCUGCUAGAGGAAGAAGCAGUGUGGUUGUCCCGGAGAGAGGAACUACAACGUGAGGUCAGCGAUGCAAUGACACGAUGUGCCGAGAGGAGAGAUAAGCUGCACAGUUUACAGAAACAAAGGGAUGAAGCAGUCAGAAACGCAAGCCAGAACACAAAAUCUCUGGAAACACAGCUGGUGGAACUCAUCCACAAAAUUGAUCAUGGGAGAAAGCGACUGAAAGAAAUUGAUCAGCAGCUGCAAAAUCCAAACAAGCAUUCACUCAUGGAUCAUGAGGAGAAGAAGCAAAGCCAGGACGACAUUGAGAGGAUAUCCAGGGUUACCUCUGGAGCUCCAAUAGAGAUGUCUUCCAACUCCCUGGGCCGUCGGACAAUAGCUUCCCUCCAAGAGAUAGAGAGGAACAGGCAGCUGCACCUGGCUAAACAAGGCAGCCUGGUGAUAGAAGAGGAACGCAAACGAGUGUCUGAGUUGAAGAGGAGAGUGCAAGACGAGGCGAGGGCUGAGUACGAGGAGAGGCGAGCCAGGGAGAUCAACUGUCAGUCCCUCAAUAGUGUAGGGAGUGAAGAGUCUGGUCGGACAGAGAGUGCAAGCAGUGAAGAUGCUGAAAAAAGAUUGACAAAUGGGGUGUCAGUUGACAAAGCUGAGGAGUCACAAAAUGAGGAUCCAUCUAAAGAGCCGCAGAACCACAAAGAAGACGAGAGACAUGAGGAGCCCGUGUCUGAGAGUCGGCCGCUCUCUGAUGCCUCCAGCUACAGCGAGGAUCAGCUGACUGUGCGCAUGAGGAAUAAGAGCACCAACAACCUACAGAGGCCGCUGACGAGGUAUCUGCCCAUCCGAGGAGAAUCUCUGGACCUGAGGCAGCACAUUGAGAGCGCUGGACACCAAGUGGAUCUGUGUCCUCACGUGUUGUUGGACAAGACAUCCUGUAGAGGUUUCCUGCACAAGAUGACUUCCAGGUUCCGCAACUGGAACAAACGAUGGUUUGUGUUCGACCGGACACGUCGUACACUCACCUACUACACGGACAGGAGCGAGAAGAAACCCAAGGGAGGUGCUUACUUCCAGGCUAUCGAGGAGGUGUAUGUGGACCACUCUAACGUGAGGUCACCCAAUCCUUCGGUCACGUUCGUCAUCAAGAGCAGUGAGAGGACGUACCACCUGGUCGCCCCUAGUCCUGAGGCUAUGCGUAUCUGGGUGGACGUUAUCUUCACAGGGGCAGAGGGGUAUCAAGAGUUUGCCCACGGGUCGUAGCCAGGGGCACCACCUGUACAACUUUUGACCUUUAUCUCUCGGUCCCAGCCUGGGCGAACUCGUUGAGACAUCGAGUAGAAGAUUCCUGUAUGUCUUCUCUGUAAGGAAUCGUCGUUGGAACCAGUGGUAAACUUCCGGUUAGUGUCUCGGCGGUUUUCAUUAUCCUUUUUGAUUGAGGUAAUUUUGAUUUUGAAUUGUUUAAUUCAAUAAGAAAAAGUAUGCGGAUAUAUAUUUUUGAUUUUUUAUGAUGCCUUGUGAAGAGUAUAUUUUUCUAUUAGCAUUUCAUAGUUUAUUCGAGUAGAUUAUUUUGAGUAUUUAGAUGUUUGGAGAUAAUUUUGAUUUUUAACUAUUAUUAACAAUAAAUUAUACAAUUUUUGGACAUUUUGGUCUGGUAUUUCAGAUUAUACAAGUUACAUUGUUAAAUGAUUCUUAUAAUAAUAUUAUUUGAUGUGUAGUUAUACAUUAAAAUGUAUGUGUAGUUUGACUAUUAAAACUAAUUGUUAAUUUGUUACAGAGCAACAGAUUUUUUAGAAAUUAUCUUUAAUGGUGCAAUUGAGACUGGUAUUAAAAUCCGUCAUCCAAACUAAAUUAGGUAUCAUAACUAAAUUAGGUAAUUUAGGUUUCACUGUACAGAUUUUGUGUUGUUUUGUGCUACAAUUUAUAUGUAGUUAUGUCUACCAAUUAGUUUGUAGACCUUAAUUAAAUUAGUUUCAAAAUCUAUUCCCAAAGAUAGUUAGGUUCAUAGAUUGUUGAUUUAGGUGCAUUAUAUAUUGAUAGAAUACUUUUUAUAGCUUUUGUAAGUGACCCAUUAACCUCAAUAUCAGAGUUUUAUGAUAUACAUACUGAUUGCUUUGUAAAUUGCUAAUUGUGUCGUUAUAAUACUGUACUUUCUAUUAGUUUAUUUGCACUAGUUUUUGUUUUAAACAAUAAACCUUAAUAUCAAUUGAAAAAGGCACUUAAAUUGCCUAGUGCAGUAUAAUUUCAGUUUUAAUUUCAUAAUUUAAAGGAUUACGUAGAUGUAUAUGCAUAGCAUAUGUAUAUGUAUAUGUUAUAAAGAAAAUUUUUGGUGGAUAAACCCUCAAAGUGUUUGCCACCAACAGAAUAAAAGUCUUACAUACUUUUUUUCAUGCAACAAUUGACAGUAAAAACUAUUCUACUAAUGUUUACAAAUACAACAAUGAAAGAAAAGUUAAAUAAAAACAUUUUUUCUCCAGUAAAAGCACAAUUUUGUUACUAUCCAUAAUAAUUUAAACCAUAGUAGUUUUGUAAACAAUUUCCCCUUCUCUGAAAUGUUAUGAACAGUAAUGGUAGGCUAAUAUUAUUUUUACAUUACUCAAUCCAUACAACAUAUUUUUCUUUUAUUAGCACACGCUUGUCCUCAACAGCCAAGUAAAUAUAUAUUUGUACAUUAUGUAUAUGUGUUGUAGCAUGUUAGUUGAAGUUUUUAGAGUAAGACUGAGUGUACAUAAUAUGUUAAACUUCUGUGCCUUCUUGUGCCAAUAUUGAACAUAAAUAAAUAUACAAAGUUAUGCAUAACA